AUGCGCUUCUCAACCGCAGCGGCCGCGGCGGCCCUCGUCCUCGCGUGCACCGCGGCUCCAACUUCUGGCCGAUAUAAUCUUCAUGAGAAGCGAGAUGGUCAACCCCAUGCGUGGCAAAAGCGCCACAGGGCUGUCGCUGAUCAGGUGCUGCCUAUUCGUAUUGCACUCAAGCAGCGAAAUCUUGAGAACGCCGCCAGUUAUAUCUAUGAUGUCGCCGACCCAAGCUCUCCAAACUUUGGCAAGCACUGGUCUGCGGAAAAGGUCGCAAACACCUUUUCUCCACACCCGGAGACCAAAGACGCGGUAAUGAACUGGUUGGUCGAGUCUGGAAUCGACCGCUCCAGGCUCUCUCUUUCGACAGGGCACAACUGGGUGCAAUUCGAUGGAACAGUCCAAGAGGCUGAGCAGCUGUUCGCCACGGAAUACUGGCACUACCAGCACACCACAAGCGGCGGUCUGCGACUCGCCUGCGAUCAUUACAGCCUGCCCGAGCACGUCCAGGAGCACGUCGACUUCGCGAUGCCGACGGUCCAGCUGGACGGCCUGAAGCCCGUCGCGAACGUGGACCGCAACCUCAUGGCCCGCAUCGCAGGGGGCGCCACGCUCGGCUCGCAGUCCUGCGCCGAGCUGGUGACGGUCGACUGCCUGCGGAAGCUGUACAACUUCCCCGCGGGGAACUCGUCGGCCGCCGACAACCAGAUGGGCAUCGGCGAGUGGGCCGACUACCUGUACGAGGAGGACCUGCCGACGUACUUUAAGAACUUUUCCUCGCCCGAGAUACCGGCUGACACCAGGCCCGAGUUCAUCGCCAUCGACGGCGGCCUGACGGCGAACCUGACUACCGUCUCGCAGGGCUCCGGGAUUGAGUCUGCUCUUGAUUUCCAGGCUGCUUACUCGAUCAUAUAUCCGCAAAAGUUGAGGUUAUAUCAGGUGGGAGACGGCAUUAACGUUGACAGUGUGGGAACUUUCAACAUCUUCUUAGACGCGCUAGACGCCAGCUAUUGCACGUACGAAGGCGGUGACCAGCCUUAUAUCGACCCUGCGUAUCCCGAUCCCAACGACAAUGAGAGCGGUUAUCAAGGUCCGUUGCAAUGCGGCGGUGCUCCGAAGUCCAACGUGAUCUCAGGUGCUCUGCCAUACUUCUAUCAGGUCCGCCAGUGUAAUGAGUGGAUGAAGCUCGGCCUCCAGGGCGUGAGCGUACUCUUCGCAAGCGGAGACUCGGGCGUCGCGAACCGAUACAAUGCCGGGUACCCAGACUCGUGCCUCAACGCGGAGCAGCCCUAUGUGGACAACAAUGGCACUCGAUUCUCACCAUCGUUCCCAGCAAGCUGCCCCUACAUAACCUCUGUUGGAGGAACCGACCUCAUCGGCAACACCACCGACAGCGGAGAGCGCGCCGUCGCCUCGUUCGGCUCUGGAGGCGGCUUCUCGAACGUCUUCGCGCUGCCGUCGUACCAGGCCUCGGCCGUCCAGAACUUCCUAGGGAAAUACGCCCCAUCCUACGGGCCCAACGUGUACAACGACAGCGGCAACGCCCGGGGUUUUCCGGACGUGGCGGCCAUUGGGCUGAACGUCGCCACCGUCUUCAACGGCUCAACCUACGGCGUCGGCGGCACCAGCGCCUCAGCGCCAAUUUUCGCGGGCAUCGUGACGCUGCUCAACGAGGCGCGCAUCGCGGCGGGCAAGGGCCCCGUCGGCUUCUUGAACCCAACGUUCUACAGCAACCCGGAUGCGUUUAAUGAUAUUACCAUCGGUAAUAAUCCUGGCUGUGGGACCAACGGCUUUAAUGCGACGCCUGGGUGGGAUCCGGUCACGGGACUUGGGACGCCGAAUUUCCAGAAGCUGCGGGAAGUCUUCUUGGCUCUUCCGUGA